AUGGCCACAGGUAAAUCGCCGUCGGCGUCUGGUCUCGUUGGCCAUUCUUCGUCAGUACAAGAUCAUGUGCAGUCGUCAUCCUAUCAAAGCAGAAAAUAUGCAGAUGUUCACAACAACGCGAAAUAUCGAGAACCACAGACAUCCGACCUUUUAAUGGGACCUGAUGACGAUAGCGAUGAUGAUGAAGAUGAUGAGGACGAUGAAGAUUAUAUACCUGAAGAUGACAAGACUUACACUGCCAGUGAAACAGGCUACUCCGUACGCGAAGGCGACUUGGACCUAGGUGGAGACGAAGAAAGUGAAGGCCGAGGUGAAGUGGAAGGGGAAGGCGAUGAAGGCGAAGAAGACGACGAAGACGAAGACGAAGAAGGUGAAAGUGAAGAUGAAGAUGAGGCUGAAAACAAACGUGUCGAACUUGAAGGCAGCGACGAAAAGGUUGAAAACAACCAUGGAGACAACGCUUCAGCUCAUGCUUCUCUGAAAAACGACAUCGAAGCAGCAAACACUAAUUCUGCAAGGUCGUUACCAGUGUUUCCUAGGCCUGGCUACAGCAACGAGCCUAGAGCUAAAUCAAAAGGGAGUUCACCAUGUAGCCUCAAGAGUACUCUAUCUCCCUCACCACCUCCCUGCGCGCCUUCUCAAUCUCAACCUUUCCCCCUACCAUCGUAUGACCCUAUGACUCCCUUGGACCCGAGUAUUGAUCUUUCCUUGAAGGGCGAUUUGCCGCUAAAGGCAGAGCUGGAAUCCUCUCCCGAGCCCGACUUUCCUUCCGUGUCUCAGAUGCUCGCAAAGACGCGUCCUUCGGCAUCGCAGCCUGCGAAAUCUACCUUUGAGAAAGGUCGGGCGCAAGGCUCUGCUCAUGUUUCUGCUAUCCGUUCACAGGACAUUGUCUCUUUGAAUGUCUCGAAGUCGCCGAUGGCGAUUCAUAAUGUCGCAUCUUCCCCCUCACUGUCGCAGCCCAAACGUCCACGUCCUGUGGCUUGCAAGGCGAAGCCACGGGCUCUGCCGAUUGAGCCUCGUAGCUCUUCGACUCUAUCCCAUUCCGCUACUCCUGGCGAUGAAGAUGGGGACAGGAACAAGAAUAACGGCAAGGGAAAGAGAAGGGCUUCGAUCGAAUCAUCUCACAGUGGUAAAGAGGAUAUCCCAAGGGAGAACCUCCGCCCCACAAAGCGUUCAAAGUUGGAACUAGCUGCACCUGUGCCGCACAAACACGAACAAUUCUGGAUCCUUGAUGGCAACACCGUCCUCGAGGUUGGAGGCGUGCUCUUCAAACUCCACCGUUCUAGGCUCGUUGAUCAGUCAACUUUUUUUGCUAACCUCUUGGAUGAGCAAGAUGUGCUUAUGGACGACAGUGUCGUAGUCGAAAGGGAUGAACAUGGCAUAGUAUACCACCUGUCGAACACCACGCCGACAGACCUCGAGGCAUUACUACAGCUCGAUAAGAACCCGAUGGAUUAUUAUUUCGUCCCCCCUGCAUUCCAAGUCUUGGCUGCUAUCCUUCGCGCAGCAACCAGGUUAGGUUUCGACACGUAUCGUGCGUUCGCCUUGAAACUCUUAGAAAAUGCUUGGUCCUCUUCUCUCGCGGAUCUCACCACGGAAAGUAAAUCCAAUGCAGCGGAAGUCGUGGUUCUCGCGCGGACCUGUGGCGUCGAAAGCGUCUUGAAGAGGGCUUUCUAUGAAAUGGUUCGGGUAACAGGCUACGGUCUCGGCGACGGCGAGUUGGACGGCGACGAUGGAAAAGAAUCCCAGGAAAUCAGUCGCGCAGACGAAAGACGUUUGGAACGCAUGAGAGAGCAUCUUAUCUCGGCCUGGUCACAGGUUGCGGUGCGCGUGGAUCGUUCCUUCAAAUGCCCCAACCGAACAAAGGGGACUUCUGGGACACCUGGGAGGGCUUAUAUCCUUGGAUCGUCCUCUACUUCAUCGCGUCUCCCUGGAUGUCCUUCUUUGUCUUCGAAGAAAGACGCUUGGGAGAGACGCGUGCACGACUCUGGGCUCUACGAGGAGUAUCAGUUUGACCCUUUGUGCGGACUUCAAGCCCUGAUCGACAUCAAAUGGGACGAGGAAGAAGGCUGGUGCUCAGACUGUGUGCAGGCAAGACGAGAAGCUUGGACAAGAAUGCGUCAGAAAACUUGGGGGCGCGUUGGAGUGUGGAUGGGUCUUGACAACUGA